AUGUGCUUGAUUGAGCUCAAAGAUAUUGCCUAUCAUCAGGACCAUGUUCGCGAUUCACUUCGCGAAUUCGAUUUGUACUAUUGGAACUCAUCUGACGCUGUGUUGCUUCCUCUGAUAUUAUUCGUACACGGCGGUGCUUGGCGUUCUUUGGUUUCUGCGACCACUUUUCCGGUUAUUGUCCCCAAUUAUCGCCUUUCUUCCAGAUCCAAUGAUGUUCAUCAUCCAAAUCACGCAGAAGACAUUCUUGAACUGCUUAUGUUCAUCACAGAAACGAGGCCUAAUUUCCCCCGAGUCUUUGAUCCUUCUAGGAUCUACUUGAUAAGUCACAGUUGCGGUGCCCACAUGCUGGCGUCCAUCUUACUUGACUCGUCCUCUAUUUCUCCGACGCUCACACCGCCAUCUUCGAUCCUUGAUGCAAUACAAGGAGUCAUAUUUUCUGAAGGGAUCUUUGACAUUGAGCGCCUGCUCAAAGAUUUUCCAGAUUAUCGCUCGUGGUUCAUUGUAGAGGCAUUCAGAGAUUUACCCUCUUAUGCAACCCUUGAUACCACCAGCUUCAGGUUGCGGACACAGAAUGACAUACGAUGGCUUAUUAUUCACUCGCAGGGAGAUACUUUGGUGAACGUCGCCCAAAGCGAGGCAAUGCUCACUCACUUGAACAAUCUAUAUGGCCAAAUUAAAGGCAAAGCUGUACAAGGCAACAUAGAGGAAUUGAAGGGAGAGCAUGACACUGUUCUAAGUACACCAGUUUAUCUACGCAUAGUGGUAGAUUUUAUCAAAGGGACUGCGUGA